AUGGAAGGAAAUGAUUUGUCCCACAACAUGCCUACAUGGAGUUCAAGAAAACUCAUCACUCCCCAAAGUUAUACUUCAUUUUCCCUUAUACCAAAUGAAUGUCUCAAGAAUAACACUCAAGAAUGCAAGUCUUCAGAUACUAGAGACAAUGAUGAUAAGGUGAAGGACCAUGAGGAAGGGCAUAGUGUAGAAAAAACAGGGCGUGAGAAGCUGAAGAGACUCCGGGAAGAGGUGACGAUGGAGAAGGUUAACAUACCAGAAGAUUGGGGUCAAGAGCAAAAGUUGAAGGAUUGGAUGGACUAUACAAUGUUUGAUGCAUUCUUUGCUCCUCAUAACUUGAUUGUGUCUGCUCGUGAUGCCCUUGUUGCUAAUGCAUGCAAAGCAAAGUCACGAAGAUUAAGGAUCUAA